AGCGGUAAGCGGUAAGCGCGCUUCAGUGUUCUGGCUGAGCUUCAAGCGAGCGUGUGCUGGCGAGUGUCUGUGCUAGGUUGGACGUAUCUAGUGUCGUUGUGCAUAUGCUUACCGCGGUGGCUCUACCAUGUUGAUAUCUGCGGGCAACGGCCCCAUACCCGAAUUCUCUCCUUCCUCGUGCUGCGCGUCCUGGAAGAUGGAGCCAGCGCCUGCUGCCUCCAUAACACAGCCAUUGAAUAUAUCGCCCAACGUGCCAGUGUCACCAUCAUCAUCAGGAGGUACAAACACGCUGUACGCGGGCGCUUCACACCCAUUGUCGUCUUUGUUGUCACAACAGCGGUUACUCGAACUGUCUCGCUUCGGUUUGCGUCACUACGAUAUAGCUCAUCACGUGCUGUCUCAGCAAGGUGCUGUUACGAAGCUGCUUGGUACACUCAGGCCACCUGGUCUCAUCGGUGGCAGCAAGCCAAAGGUCGCUACGCCGGCAGUAGUUUCAAAGAUAGAACAAUACAAAAGAGAGAACCCUACCAUUUUUGCUUGGGAGAUACGAGAGCGGCUUAUUUCUGAAGGCGUCUGUACUAAUGCAACAGCACCGAGUGUAUCUUCAAUCAAUCUACUCAGAAACAGAGCCGCGGAAAGGGCUGCAGCAGAGUUUGCUAGAGCGGCGGGAUAUGGUCUGUAUGCUGCACCACCUCCAUAUGGCGGGUUCCCGUGGGCCAGCGGUGGUGGUGUAUGGCCACCUGGAAGCCUACCCCUACCUCCAGGAGUACCGCCUUCUUCAGUUGGAGUACCUCAUCCGGAUGCUGUUAAACAAGGCUUUUUAUCAUCGUCGGGUCGUAGCUUGAUUGAUGUGGAUGGAGACGAUUCGGGAUCACUAGAUGGGGAACAACCAAAGUUUAGACGAAAUCGAACAACAUUCAGUCCUGAUCAACUAGAAGAGUUAGAAAAAGAAUUUGAAAAAUCACAUUAUCCCUGCGUUUCAACACGAGAACGAUUAGCCUCUAAGACUUCUUUAUCCGAGGCAAGGGUUCAGGUUUGGUUUUCCAACAGACGAGCCAAAUGGAGGCGCCACCAGCGCAUGAAUCUCCUCAAACGCGGUGGCUCUCCUUCGCACCGCCUCCCCCACUCUCCCUCCCGUUCCCGUUCACGUUCUUUAUCCCCCACCCGAAUUCCCUACCACGCUCCUCAAAUGGGCGGUGAAAAUAGUGCUUUCAAAGCUUUAGGCCAUCAAGAUACUAAUACGCUGAAAGCCCUCACGCAUCAAAGCCAAUUCGAAACGAACGCACUAAAAGCUUUAUCCCAACAGACAACAUUUGAUAGCAAUCCUUUUAAAUCACAUCCAGCUCUAGAGAAUAGUGCAUUUAAAGCGCUCGUACCAAACUCAGCGGCAGCGGCGUUAUUGGCCGCACAAUCGAUACAAUUAGCCCGCGGAUAUGAAUCUCAUUCGGAUUCCGAUGAGGAAAUAAACGUUCAUGAUGAGAGUGAAGACGAGGCCGAGAAACAGAUAAAUGCGAUGAGAUCUAGAUCACCGAGCCCGAGCCGACAUAGAAUGACGACAACCAAUGACGUGCCGCUGCAAUUAACUAAGCAUGACCGUUGAUUAUGUCAUUAAUGCUAAUUUAUCUGAUAAGAAUGUGAUUCCUAUUAACUAUGCAUGUUCCGAAUGUUAACUUAUUAAACUUAAGUUACAUAUAUGUAAAUUUUAAACCUUAAUUUAUGGCUAAUAGAAUAUGAGAUAUGGCUUAAUUUUUAAUAUGCACAAACAGAUCCGUUUUUAUACAUAUAUAUAAAUGAAGGGGUUCCUUUUAAAAGAAGUUUGGCAAAAUAUAUAUUUUUUUCAUUUAAAUAAAAAGCAGUUUAUCAGUGAAAAUUACGUUCGGAAAUCAAGGUCCUCUGUUAUAGUUCCUAUUAUGGAUCGAAUUACUAUAAAUCGUUGUAAAUAAAACCCGUUUUUUUUAUUUAUGUACAUAAUGUAUUACUUAAUAUUAUUAUUAAACAAACUUAAUAUUAGUAAAAUUUUCUCUUAUGUAAAUAUGUCACCAUUAGAUGAUUGUAAUGUUUUGUUAUGUAUACGUAAGGUUAUUAAGGAAUUUGGUAUUUAUUAUUAGAUAUAUUAUUAAAACUUUAUGUGUUUCAUAAAAUAGACAAUUUAAAUACGUACCUAUGAUAA